AGGAUGGUCCUUCUAUUGAACCGUCGCGCCCUAUUAGCGAACCGCUGCCUAAGCGAGUGGGGCGGGGAAAGGAGGGGAUUAGUGCUACGCCUGCGUAGGGAGAGCCACGGAGCCUGAGAUCUCCCUGGAUUCUCCCGCCAUGGAGGGAGACUGCGCACUGGUGGUUGGUUGAACCCGGAAGUGAGAGCGGUCGCGUGAGGGUGAAACUUGUGAGCGGUGUGCCCGUGGGGAGAAGAGGCUGCAAGGAGGGCGGACCCAGGCGGCCUUCCCUCUGGAGGCUGCCGUCUUCGGAGCCCUGCGAACUCUGUUGUGUGAAUCGAUAACUUGAACAUGAGCCUUGAUUUACAUGAUUUACUACUUUGCUGUCGUCAACUUGAAAAUGACAGAGCUACAGAACGAAGGAAAGAAGUUGAGAAAUUCAAGCGUUUGAUCCGAGAUCCUGAAACAAUUAAACAUUUGGAUCGGAACUCUGAUUCUAGACAAGGAAAAUAUUUGAACUGGGAUGCCGUUUUUAGGUUUCUGCAAAAAUACAUUCAGAAGGAAACAGAGUGUUUGCGAACAGCAAAACCGAAUGUAUCAGCUUCAACACAAGCCUCCAGACAGAAAAAGAUGCAAGAAAUUAGCGGCUUGGUUAAAUACUUCAUCAAAUGUGCAAAUAAAAGAGCCCCCAGGUUGAAAUGUCAAGAGCUUCUAAAUUACGUCAUGGACACAGUAAAGGAUUCCUCCAAUGUAGCUACUUAUGGAGCUGAUUAUAGUAAUAUAUUGCUUAAGGACAUUCUUUCAGUAAGGAAAUACUGGUGUGAAAUAUCCCAGCAUCAUUGGUCAGAACUUCUAGCCCUAUAUUGCACAUUGUAUCUCAAGCCAUCUAAAGAUAUUAAUAGAGUUUUAGUGGCUAGAAUAAUUCAAACUGUAACCAGAGGAUGCUGUUCCCAGACGGAUGGAGUAAAUUUAAAGUUUUUCGAAUUUUUUUCAAAGGCGAUGCAGUGUGCAAGGCAGGAAAAAAGCUCUGCAGGCUUGAAUCAUAUUCUGGCUGCCCUUAAUAUCUUUCUGAAGGUCUUUGCUGUAAAUUUUCGUAUGCGAGUUUGUAAAUUAGGAGAAGAAAUCCUUCCUACUGUGCUUUACAUAUGGUCUCAACAAAGACCAAAUGAUUCUUUGAAGGAUGUAAUCAUUGAAUUAUUUCAUCUGCAAGUUCGUGUUCAUCACCCAAAAGGAGCCAAAACCCAAGAAAAAGGAGCUUAUGAAUCAGCAAAAUGGCAAAGUAUCUUAUACAGCCUAUAUGAUCUACUGUUGAAUGAGAUAAGUCAUAUAGGAAGCAGAGGAAAAUAUUCUUCUGGAUGUAGAAAUAUUGCUGUCAAGGAAAAUUUGGUUGAAUUAAUGGCAGAUGUUUGUCACCAGGUCUUCAGUGAAGAUACCAGAGUCCUAGAAAUCUCUCAGUCUUCUGCCACGUCUGCAAGAGAUUUUUGUAGUGGCAGUACACCAACCAAAAGGAGAAAAAUAGAAUUAGGCUGGGAGGUUAUUAAAGAUUACCUUCAAAAGUCACAGAAUGAUUUUGACCUUGUGCCAUGGUUACAGAUUGCAACACAGUUAAUAGCAAAGUAUCCUGAUAGUCUUCCUAACAAUGAGCUUGCACCAUUACUGAUGAUACUACACCAGCUUCUAUCCCAGCAGCGACGAGGGGAAUGUAUUCCGUAUGUGUUAAGAUGCCUCAUCGAACUUGCAUUGUGUCAAGGCAAGAAAUUGGAUCUGGAAAUCUCACACAAGUCAGAUCUCCUGAAACUUUGGAAUAAGAUUUGGUCUAUUACCUUUCGCAGUAUAAGUUCUGAACAAAUACAGGCCGAAAACUUUGGCUUACUUGGCGCCAUAAUUCAAGGAAGUUUAGUUGAGGUUGACAGAGAACUAUGGAAGAUAUUUACAGGAUCGGCUUGCAGACCUUCUUGUCCUGCAGUAUGUUGUUUGUCAUUAGCUUUGACCUCCUGCGUAGUUCCAGAGAUGUCAAAAGUAGGAGUAGAUCAGAGUUUUUGUGAAAUAAAUCAAGGGUACUCAAUACAAGAGUUAAUUAUGAAGUGGCUGCUCUUCUAUCAGUUAGAAGAUGACAUGGAAGAAAGUACAGAGCUCCCUCCAGUUCUUUGCAGCAAUUUUCCUCAUCUAGCCCUGGAGUCAAUUCUUGUGAGUCUCACCAUGAAGCACUGUAAAGCGGCAAUGGACUUUUUCCACAGUGUGUCUGAAUGUGAGCAGCAGCAAAAAGGCAAAGUGGAGGCCACAUUCUUAGAAGUAGAAGAGCUAUACCUUCAGACAACUUUUGACCAGAUGGACUUUUGUACCAGUACGAUGGAUGGUGCCCCUGAAAAAAUCCAGGCUAAUGCUGGACUUUCUGUCCAUCAGAAUCUAAAAGAAACACUAGAUCGCUAUCUUCUAGGAUUGUCUGAGCAGCUUCUAAAUAAUUAUUCCUCUGAGACUAUAAGGUCAGAAGCUCUUGUCCGAUGUUCGAGUCUUUUGGUGGGUGUUCUUGGCUGCUGUUGUUAUGCAGGUAUAUUGUCUGAAGAAGAUGCUUAUAAAUCAAGAUUGUUCCAAAAUGCCAAGUCUCUGAUGCAGUGUGCUGGAAAAAGCAUUACUUUGUUUAAAAGUAAGAUAAAUGAAGAAUCUAGAAUUUGUUCAUUGAGGACUACGAUGUUGCUUUGUACCAGAUACUUGUAUAAUUGUACAAAGCACAAGCCAAAUAAGAUUAUUUCUGGACUUUUUCUGCGUUUGUUAACAUCAAAGUUAAUGAAUGACAUUGUGGACAUUUGCAUAAAUUUAGCAUCCCUUACUAAAAGGCCAUUUGAUUCUGGAGAAGUAGAACUAAAGGAAGAUGAUGUUGAUGGAAACCUAACAGAGGUAGAGGAUCAGUCAACCAUGAACCUAUUUGAAUCUGAUGAUACUAAUAUUAAUAAUGCAAGUGAACCUGGAGAGGUACAAAAUACAUUUGGUGCAAUAAGCCCUCUAGCUGAAGAACAUUUGACAAAGCAAGAUCUCCUUCUCCUUGACAUGCUCAAGUUCUUGUGUAUUUGUGUAACUACAGCUCAAUCCCAUACAGUAUCUUUUAGAGCAUCUGACAUAAGGAGGGAGCUGUUGAAGCUAAUUGAACCAAGCAUAUCAGACACUUCUAAAUCCCUACAUCUACACAUGUACUUGCUGCUUUUAAAGGAACUCCCAGUUGAAGAAUACCCCUUGCCGAUGGAAGAAGUUUCUGAACUUCUGAAGCCUCUUUCCAAUGUGUGUUCUUUGUAUCGUCGUGACCAAGAGGUUUGCAGAGCAAUCUUAAGCCACACUCUUCCAGUAAUAACAAAUCUGGGUCAGUGUAGUUCAGAUGUAGAAAACACAAGGAAUGCUCAAGGACAGUUUCUAACAGUCAUUGGAGCUUUUUGGCACUUAACAAAGGAAGGCAAAUGUAUGGCUCCUGUGAGAAUGGCACUAGUAGACUGCCUAAAAGCCUUGCUUGAGGCUGAUCCGCAUUUGAAGUGGGCUGUUCUCAGCAUAGUGGAAAAAGACUUACCUGUGACAGAAGUUCUCCCACAGUUUCUAGCUGACAGCCAUCACCAAGUUCGAAUGCUUGCUGCAAAGUCAAUUAACCGAUUAUUUCGGGAUACAAAGCCAGUAUCCAUUUCGAAGUUAUCAAGAGCAUUUCCUUUGAAGCGCCAGCAAAAAGCUUUUGAAAGUGCGUAUUUGAAAGUCCAGGAAGGAAUGAGAGAAAUGUCUCGAAGUCCUGCCAAUGCUGAUGAACUGCUGGAUGAGCCUUAUAAUAGAAAAGCUGCUUUAUUGAUGACAAUAUCCAUGAUUUUAUACUGUAGCCCUGUGUGUGAAAAACAGGCUUUGUUUGCCAUAUGCCAGUCUGUGAAAGAAAAUGGAUUAGAAACCCAACUUGUAAAAAAGGUUUUGAAGAGAGUCUCUGAAAUUUUUGAGUAUAAACACUUAGAAGACUUCAUGACUUCUCAUCUAGACUAUCUGGUUUUGGAAUGGUUGAAAUUACAAGAUACUGGAUACAACUUGUCGUCUUUUCCCUUUAUUUUACUGAACUACACAAAUGUUACAGAUUUCUACAGGUCUUGCUAUAAGGUUUUGAUUCCACUUUUGGUGAUGAGAGGUCAAUUUGAAGAUGUGAAGUCCAUUGCUGACCAGAUUCAGAAGGACUGGAAAAGCCUUCUAACAGAUUGCUUUCCAAAGAUCCUUGUAAACAUUCUUCCAUAUUUUGCCUUUGAGACCACAGGGGACAGUGAUAUAUCAGAGCGAAGAGAUACUGCUACUAAAGUAUAUGAUAUGCUUAAAGAUGAAAAUAUCUUAGGGAAACAGAUCGAUCACUUACUUAACAGUAACUUGGCAGAAAUCAUAGUGGAAUUGUUGAUGACGUUACAUGAGCCAGCAGAUACUGAAGAUGGUGAAAGCACUGACCUCUCUAACUUUUCAGGAGACCUUGAUCCUGCACCUAAUCCUCCACAUUUUCCAUCACAUGUGAUCAAAGCAACAUUGGCUUAUAUCAGCAAUUGCCAUAAAACCAAGUCUAAAAGUAUUUUAGACAUUCUUUCUAAGAACCCAGAUUCCUUCCAGAAAAUCCUUUUAGCCAUAUGUGAACAAGCAGCUGAAACAAAUAAUGUAUAUAAAAAAAAUAGAAUUCUUAAAAUAUAUCAUCUCUUUGUUAGUUUGUUACUGAGAGAAAUAAAAAGUGGCUUGGGUGGAGCUUGGGCUUUUGUUCUUCGAGAUGUUAUUUAUACCUUGAUCCACUAUAUCAAUAGCCGGCCUUCUCACUUCAUGGAUGUAUCAUUACGCAGCUUCUCACUCUGCUGUGACCUGUUAAGUCAAGUUUGUCAGACAGCAGUGACUUACUGUAAGGAUGCUUUGGAAAGCCACCUUCAUGUUAUUGUGGGGACAGUUAUACCCUUAGUGGGUGACCAGCUGAAGAUUCAGGAGCAGGUCUUGGACUUGUUGAAAUACCUAGUGAUAGAUAACAAAGACAAUGAAAACCUUUAUCAUACAAUUAGACUCCUAGACCCGUUUCCUGACCACGAUGCCUUUAAGGACUUACGUAUCGCUCAGCAGAAAAUCAAAUACAGUAAAGGACCCUUUUCACUCAUGGAGGAAAUUAACCAUUUCCUUUCAGUAAGUGUCUGUGAUUCACUGCCUUUGACUAGACUUGAAGGAUUAAAGGAACUUCGAAAGCAAUUGGAACAACAUAAAGAUCAGAUGAAGGACCUUUUGAAAGAGUCUCAGGAUAACCCACAAGAUGGCAUUAUGGUAAAGCUUACUGUGAGUUUAUUGCAGUUAUCCAAGAUGGCAAUAAACCAUACUGGUGAAAAGGAAGUGUUAGAGGCCAUUGGAAGCUGCUUGGGAGAAGUGGGUCCUUUAGAUUUUUCUACAAUAGCCAUUAAACAUGGUAAAGAUGUGUCUUAUUCCAAGGCCAUUGACUUAUUUGAGGAUAAAGAACUACAGUGGACCUUCAUAAUGCUCACAUACCUAAAUAAUGUACUGGUAGAAGAUUGUGUUAAGGUUCGAUCAGCUGCUGUUGCAUGUUUGAAAAAUAUUUUAGCCACAAAGACUGGACAUGAGUUCUGGGAGGUUUAUAAGAAAACAGCUGACCCUGUGCUUAUAUACCUACAACCUUUCAGAACAUCUAGGAAAAAGUUUCUAGAAAUUCCUAGAAUUGACAAAGAAAAUCCUUUGGAAAGCUUGGAUGAUUCAAAUUUGUGGGUUCCUCAGGAAGAAAGCCAUGAUAGUUGGAUCAAGACAUUGACUUGUAUACUUUUGAACAGUGGGGGCAUAAAAAGUGAAAUUCUUCUAUUACUAAAGCCACUGUGUGAAGUAAAACCCAGCUUUUGUCAGUAUGUGCUUCCAUAUUUGAUUCAUGAUACUUUGCUCCAUGAUACAAAUGAGUCCUGGCGAAAUCUCCUCUCUGUGCAUAUCCAGGGAUUUUUUACUAACUGUUUCAGAUAUUCCUCACUCAGCCGAUCCACAACUCCUGCAACUUUAGAUUCAGAAUCAGAAUUUCUGUUUCGAGGAUCUUUGGAUAAAAAAUCAAGGCGAACAAUGCUUUCUGUUGUGGAUUAUAUGAGAAGACAAAGAAGACCCUCCUCAGGGACAGUUUUUGAUGACGCUUUCUGGCUGGAGUUGAAUUAUUUGGAGGUUGCCAUGGUAGCUCAGUCUUGUGCAGCUCACUUCACAGCAUUACUGUAUGCAGAAAUCUAUGCAGACAGGAAAAAACUGGAUGAUCAGCAGAAAAGAACUACUUUCUCAGCAAGCAGAAGUCUAACAUUUGAAGAUGGAAGUCAGUGUACAACUAUUUCUAGUUUGAGUGAGAAAAGUAAAGAAGAAACUGGAAUAAGUUUACAGGAUCUUCUUAUGGAAAUUUAUAGAAGUAUUGGAGAGCCUGAUAGUCUUUAUGGCUGUGGUGGAGGGAAAAUGUUACAACCCCUUGUUAGGAUAAGAACAUAUGAACAUGAAGCAAUGUGGGGGAAAGCACUUGUGACCUAUGACCUCGAGACAGCUCUUUCCCCGGCUACACACCAGGCAGGAAUAAUAGAGGCCUUGCAGAAUUUUGGUCUCUGCCACACUCUUUCCACUUACUUAAAAGGGUUGGAUUAUGAGCACUCAGAGUGGUGUGCUGAGCAGCAGGAGCUUUGCUACCAAGCAGCAUGGAGGAACAUGCAGUGGGACUAUUGCCCUUCUUACAGAAAAGGAACAGAAGGACCUGGCUACCAUGAAUCAUUGUACAAUGCCCUGCAGUCUUUAAGAGACAAAGAAUUCUCUGCAUUCUAUGAAACCCUCAAAUAUGCCAGAGUGAAAGAGGUAGAAGAAUUGUGUAAAGGCAGCCUUGAAUCUGUAUAUUCACUCUACCCUACUCUUAGCAGAUUACAAGCUAUUGGAGAAUUGGAAAAUAUAGGACAGCUUUUCUCCAGAUCCAUCACUGAUAGAGAACUCACUGAGGUGUAUGGGAAGUGGCAGAGACAGUCCCAGCUUCUCAAGGAUAGUGAUUUUGGUUUUCAAGAGCCUAUCAUGGCUUUGCGUACAGUCAUUCUACAGACCCUAAUGGAAAAAGAAACUGAGACUUCGCGUAGGGAAGGUAUUAAGGAUAUUCUCACCAAGCACCUUGUAGAACUAUCUAUAUUGGCCCGGACUGCCAGAAACACACAGCUUCCUGAAAGGGCAAUGUUUCAAAUCAAGCAGUAUACUUCAGCAAGAUGUGGAAUCUCUGAAUGGCAGCUGGAGGAAGCUCAAGUAUUCUGGGCUAAAAAGGAACAGAGUCUUGCCCUAAGUAUUCUAAAACAAAUGAUCAAGAAGCUAGAUGAAAAUUUUUCACAGAAUGACCCAAGUCUGAAACUGAUAUACACAGAAUGUUUGAGAGUAUGUGGAAACUGGUUGGCAGAAACUUGCCUAGAAAAUCCCACAGUCAUUAUGCAGACAUACCUAGAAAAGGCAGUGGAAGUUGCUGGCAGUUUUGAUGGAGGAUGCAAUGAUAAACUUAGGAGUGGAAAGAUGAAGGCUUUCCUAUCAUUGGCACGUUUUUCAGAUAUUCAGUAUCAAAGAAUUGAAAACUAUAUGAAAUCAUCAGAAUUUGAAAAUAAACAAGCUCUGCUGAAUAAGGCUAAACAGGAAGUGGGCCUUCUUAGGGAACACAAAGUCCAGACAAACAGGUAUACAGUGAAGGUUCAGAGAGAGCUAGAGCUGGAUGAGUGUGCGAUCCGUGCGUUGAGAGAGGAUCGCAAAUGCUUCUUGUGUAAGGCAGUUGAGAACUACAUCAGCUGUUUGCUAAGUGGGGAAGAACAUGAUAUGUGGAUAUUUCGACUUUGUUCCCUUUGGCUUGAAAACUCUGCAGUUUCUGGAGUCAAUAGCAUGAUGAAGAAAGAUGGAGUGAAGAUUCCCUCAUACAAGUUUCUGCCUCUCAUGUACCAGCUGGCAGCUAGAAUGGGAACCAAGAUGAUGGGAGGCCUAGGAUUUCAUGAAGUUCUGAAUAAUCUUAUCGCUAGAAUUUCUCUGGAUCAUCCCCAUCACACUUUGUUUAUUAUACUAGCCUUAGCAAAUGCAAAUAAGGAUGAACUUCUAACCAAACCAGAAGCAGCAACAAGAAGCAGAAUGACAAAAAAUGCACCAAAGCAAAUUUCUCAGCUUGAUGAGGAUCGAAUGGAGGCUGCAAACAACAUAAUAAGUAUUAUCAAAAAUGGAAGAGCUAAGAUGGUCAGAAAUGUGGAAGCGCUCUGUGAUGCUUAUAUCAUGUUAGCAAAUAUGGAUGCCAGUCCCUGGAAGGCUCAGAGAAAAGGUGUAAAUAUUCCUGCAGACCAGCCCAUUACCAGACUAAAGAACUUAGACGACGUUGUUGUUCCCACCAUGGAAUUUAAGGUUGACCCUACAGGGGAAUAUGAAAAUCUGGUGACUAUACAGUCAUUCAGACAAGAGUUUCGUUUAGCAGGAGGCCUGAAUCUACCUAAAAUAAUAGAUUGUGUAGGGUCAGAUGGCAGAGAGAGGAGACAGCUUGUCAAGGGUCGAGAUGACCUGCGUCAAGAUGCAGUGAUGCAGCAAGUUUUCCAGAUGUGUAAUAUGUUACUCCAGAGAAACACUGAUACGAGAAAGAGAAAAUUGACCAUUUGCACGUAUAAGGUAGUUCCCCUUUCUCAGCGAAGCGGCGUCCUUGAAUGGUGUACGGGGACAGUGCCCAUUGGUGAAUUUCUUGUUAAUAAUGAAGAUGGAGCUCAUAAAAGAUAUAGGCCAAAGGACUUUAGUGCUUAUCAGUGCCAAAAGAAAAUGAUGGACAUGCAGAAGAAAUCUUUUGAAGAAAAGUAUGAAGCCUUCAUGGAUGUCUGCCAAAACUUUCAGCCAGUCUUCCGCUACUUUUGCAUGGAAAAAUUCUUGGACCCAGCAGUUUGGUUUGAAAAACGGUUGGCAUAUACUCGCAGUGUAGCUACUUCUUCUAUCGUUGGUUAUAUACUUGGACUUGGUGAUCGGCAUGUACAGAAUAUCUUGAUUAAUGAGCAAUCAGCAGAGCUUGUACAUAUAGAUUUAGGGGUUGCAUUUGAACAAGGGAAGAUUCUUCCUACCCCAGAAACAGUUCCUUUUAGACUAACCAGAGAUAUUGUGGAUGGAAUGGGUAUCACUGGUGUGGAAGGUGUCUUCAGAAGGUGCUGUGAGAAAACUAUGGAAGUUAUGAGAAAUUCUCAGGAAACUCUUUUAACCAUUGUUGAGGUCCUGCUCUAUGAUCCUCUCUUUGACUGGACCAUGAACCCCUUGAAAGCUUUGUAUUUACAGCAGAGGCCAGAGGAUGAGACUGAACUUACUUCUACUCUCAAUACAGAAGAUCAAGAAUGUAACAGAAGUCUUGGUCGUAUUGACCAGAGUUUCAACAAAGUGGCUGAACGUGUUCUAAUGAGGCUACAGGAGAAGCUAAAAGGGGUAGAGGAAGGAACAGUGCUCAGCGUGGGUGGACAAGUGAAUUUGCUCAUCCAACAAGCAAUGGAUCCCAAAAAUCUCAGCCGACUUUUUCCUGGAUGGAAAGCUUGGGUAUGAUCUUUGGCAUGUGAAAAUCAGAAUUGAAAUUGUAGUUCCCCUUUUUUCCCCCAAAAGUUUGCCUUGAAAUUGACUGAAUAGCUAAUAAGCUGUUAGCUAAUAAUAAUGAUGAUGUAAACUUAGAUAAUAGUAUGAUUUUUUUUCCAUUAAAAAGAUAGUCCAAAGAUGUUAUGUAAUAGUCCUGAGGAAUCCUGGUACCAAGGUAUCUUGGUACUUUGGUUGGAAAUAGGGAUGCCAAAUGUAAUAUACUUCUAAACCAAUCUUAGAGAGUUCUUUGUUGAAAUAAAUGAUUUAUUUAAGUACAGGCAACUGUUAAGUGUUUUGAAUCUAGUGAUUAUAAUUUUAGAUUCUGAUAACUAGCCUUAUUGAAUGAUUCAUUUGGAAGAAUGAUGGAAGAAGCACAUAGACUAUUUUUUUCUCUUCACUUGCCGUUAAUACAUUAAAUAAAUACAACAUUUGGCAUAUCUAGAGGAAGGAUAGCAAGGAUAGUGAGAACACUGAAAAAUCAUGUCAGGGAUAUAAUAGCCAUCUUGAGAGAAUCAAAGGGUUAGAAUAUGUAUGCAGGGUGAGAUUUGCUCUUUUGCUAGGACCAAUAGAUGAAAUUAUAGAAUGAUAGAUUUUAGCUCAAUAUAGGGAAGAAAAUAUAAUUUAUAUUUUUAAGGUCAUUUAAAAAAACAUUUCACAAAUGUCCCCACCCCCACAGAAGUCUCCAAUGUAAUAAAGAUAGUUAAACAAAAUAAACCAACACAUGAACAGUGGUUGACAAAGCACAUUUCACACUGCACCCUCUUUUUUGAGAGAAAAGAAGCACCUUUUCCAUGCUUCUGUGUGUUUUACCAUCAGUGUUCUGAAGUCCAGAUAAAUCAUUGCAUGAGUUCUGAUGUAUUUUAGUCUUGUUUUCAUUUAUGUUGUUAUGGUCGUGAAAAAUAUUCUCUUGCUUCUACUUUGCUUUCAG